AUGUCUACGGGCCCUGAAUUUGCAGCCGGCCAGCGCCUCUCCUAUGACGGGGCGCUCUGCACCGUUCGGUAUGUUGGCCAGGUCAGCGGGACUGCCGGGGACUGGCUCGGCGUAGAAUGGGACGACCCAUCACGGGGCAAACACGACGGCUCACACAAGGGUGUGAGAUAUUUCGCAUGCCGCUCCAGGUCCCCAAAGGCCGCAUCUUUUGUCCGCCCCACGAGGCCGGCAGAUCAGCCGCGGACCUUCCUGCAGGCCCUUCAUGAGAAGUACGCUCCAGCUGCCGCAGCGGACCAUGCGCAGGCGUCGUCGGGCCAGCAGAUCGUCAUCUCGGGCAAGGUCGCCGAGGAGAUCGGCUUCGACAAGAUCCGCAGGCAGCAGGCUCAGCUGGGCGAGCUGAGGAUCGUCAUCCUCGACGGCCUGCGCGUCUCGUCGGCAUCGGCGCUCGGCGAGCAGCCCAUCACAGAGGUCUGCCCCAGGGUUGUUGAGCUGGACGUCAGCCGCAGCUUGGUUGUUGACUUCGGGGAGAUCGUUGGCGUGUGCUCUCAGCUCAAGGCGCUGCGCCGUCUGGGACUCAACGGAAACCGAUACCAGGAGUCACUGAUCGCAGGGCUCGACACGGAACAGGCGCGGGAGGCCUUUGGCUCUGUGAGAGAGCUUGCACUCGAUGAGACUCUCAUGGGCUGGGAAAGCAUCUGCCACAUAUCUCGCUGCUUCCAGUCUCUGGCAAUCCUGCACGCCAGCACCAACCAGCUGUCCCGGAUCUCCCCGUUGGGCGCCACCACAGCGACACAGACGCUGACCACGCUCUAUCUCGAACACAAUGACUUCACGGCGCUCAGCGACCUCGCCUGUCUCGGCCAACUGGCCCUGCUGAAGAACCUGCACCUCAAGGGCAACAAUAUCUCCACCAUCACCGCUGACCCGUCCCAGGAAACACCAGUCUUCAGCGGCACGCUAACCCACGUUGACAUAUCGUACAACAAGAUCAGCAGCUGGUCUUUCGUGGACGCCCUGCCAGACUCCUUCCCAGGCCUGAACUCCCUCCGCCUGGCUCACAACCCCGUGUACGAAGACCCAGGCUUCGACAAGUCCAGCACUACAGCCUCAGCCGCCGGCUCAGCUGGUUCCAAGGCCACCGUGACGGAGGAGGCAUACAUGAUCACUGUCGCGCGUCUAGCCUGCCUACAAACCCUGAACUUCAGCUCCGUCACGCCCACGGACCGCACGAACGCCGAGAUGUUUUACCUGUCCCGGAUAGGCCGGCAGCUCGCAUCCGUGCCUGAAAGCCACGAGGCCGAGGCAGCGGUCACAGCCCAGCACCGGAGGUACGCGGAGCUGUGCGAGUUGUACGAUGAGCCAGUCGUGGUGCGGAGGAAGGAGGUCAACCCUGCCUUCCUGGAGGCGAGGCUUGUCAACGUCGCAUUCCGGUUUUGUCCGUCAGGGGGAGGGGAUGGCGUGAAGGUGGUGGAGAAACACGCGCAGAUACCGAAGACGUCCGACAUCUAUGCCGUCAAGGGCAUCGCAGGCAGACUGUUUGGACACGAACCACUCGAGCUUCGCCUGAUCUGGGAGACGGGUGAAUGGGACCCGGUGGCGGGCUUGGAUGACGCGGGCGACAACAGUGAUGAGGAAUACGAGCAUGCAGCCGGAGGGCAGGAGGCCUUGGGUGGCGCCCAGGCUGCUCGCGACGACGCGAGCGCACACCUGGACAGCAGCAAGACUGGCCGGUGGAUAAAACGCGAGGAGGAGCUGAGGGACUCCCCUAGACAAUUCGGUUUCUGUGUCGAUGGGCUUGACAUUUCAAUUAGGGCUGGCAGGCGAAUUGGUGGAAACAGACACAAGCUGAGGCACACAGCUUGCGCCCACUUGUUUGGCAAGCAGUCAACGGUACCGCUCUCCGGCCGAAUGCUAUAUGAUCAGAGGUACUCCUUUCAUUUCUUCGUUCGGGCACUCCAUGCCACCCACCCACCACUGCGACCAGUUGCAGCCAUGCAGCCCAGACUGGACUACUACAUUGUCCGCCCAGACACGAAAGAUGGCAGACCCGGACCGAUCGUGCCCCUCGUUGCCGCCGACCAGCUUCCCGAGUGGAUGCAACUCGUGGGCGUGGCCCGCGAGCUCGACGCCAGGCAGACCAUCGGACUGACUAACCUCGGAAUCGUUGAGGCGGAUGAAGACAGCACCUUUGAGGUGCGGUUGCGCCAUGACAAGACCCAGGCCCGGGCCAUUCCCAGCUGUGCAUAUGAUGCAACGGAUUCAUACUCGCCGGGAAAUGGGAAGGCUAAAGCAGAGGCAACACAAGACGAGAGGACUACACCCAUUUGUGAGACCAAGAUCAAGACCAGCGAGAAGGCUGGCAGUGACGAUUCAGCUAUCUCGUCGGACAACUCCAAAAACGCCGGGCCAUAUGUCGUCGACAAGACACCGCAGCACGGCCACUCAAGCGAGCGUGUGCUCAGCGCCUCCCGCCACAACUUGGCGACCUCUGUUCAGGCCUGUCGCAGCAACGAGAGGCCUCUUCGCCCGCACAUGGCCAAGGCCACUUUGGAUGAGUCGCGGCGCGCUUGUCCCAAGCACAGCACCGUCAAGCAAGACAAGCAGCCUGCCACGGCCGUUUGCCGUCAUUGGUGCUACCACGGGACGUGCAAGUGGGGCCCGCAGUGCCGUUACGCGCAUCGCAUGCCCACAACCGUGGAGGGCUUGCGCGAGAUAGGGCUUAAGGGCUUCCCGACCUGGUACAUUCUCAUGGUGGGCGACGGCGGCAGCGAGCUACCAGGGUUGUCCAGCCUUGACGCCAGGCUCAGACGGCUCGAAGACGUGCAGCCUUCUACCCGGCAGCACACGAGGCAGCACACGAGGCAGCACACGACGACCCAGCAGCCGCAGCCACCCGUCGGCCCCGGCGUGCAUCCCACACAGGGCCAGCGACCACCACGCCGGCAGAAUGGCAUCGGCCAUACGAACAUAUGCGCUGAUGCGAUCAACAUCCGGCGGCAGGCAGAUCCUCAGCAGCAGACCAGAGGCAGUAUCCCAGUGGUCGCGCCAGUCCGAGCCGCGGCGAUGUUGGGGGUUGAGUAUGGUCGCGACAGCGGUAACAACGGCGAAGGGUGCAUCCUACCUGAGAGGAGACGCGCGCGAGCCAGAAACGACCGGGCCGACGUGACGAAUGCGAGAAGCCCGGGGGUUGUGGCAGGCCAUGCCGGCUGCGGAGAGGAGAAGCUCGUGGAUGUUGACUGA